CUCGCUCUCACUCUCACUCUCUCAUCGAUCCCUCCUAUGCAGAUAAAGACUAUUUUCGUAGAGUUUUAUUUUCAAAUAAACCUACUUCCUGGAGAAACAACUGCAAUUUGGGUUUCUGUAGAUGUUCCAAGUGCACAACCCCCGGGUCAAUAUGAAGGGGAGUUCGUCAUUACUGAUACCAAAGCAGACACAGAAUGUACAGCGCAAAGCCUGGGCAAAGCUGAGAAGCAUCAACUUUACAUAGAACUUAGGAAUUGUCUUGACAUGGUGGAACCGGCACGGAUAAUUCCUACAAUAAGAACUGUAGAGCCACCUAGAGUCCCACCAAAACCCAUCGAUGGAAAACCAUCCGACAAAUUGGUAGAAAGAGUGAAAUCUGCAACUAUAUCUUUAAGAAGAGUUCUUUUGUCGCCAUCAUUUGCUGACUUCUUUUCAGAUAAUGGGCCGGUGGAUAUGAUGGAUGAAGAUGCUAUUUCAAACCUUUCAAUACGCAUAAAGCUAAGUUUGAUGGUCUGGGACUUUGUUCCGCCGGCGACACCUUCUCUUUCUGCUGUUAUUGAGAGUCUGUUGAAGGGGAUCAUCAAUGCGAGUAAGGAAUUUUUCAAUCUGACAGAGGAGGAGAAAAAGGAGUUUGCAGGAAGGAAAAUUUUAGACCCAAUCAAGUGCGGUACAAGCUUGAGUACUUCAAACGGAAUGAUUUCCUUGGGGGUAGAUUUUCUCAAGCUAAUUGUGCAGCCGGAUCAGUUUCACUCUCCCAACAAACGUUACAAACCUAUAGGUUUCAGUGAGGUCGCAGUGGAGUAUUGCAACAGUGGCCGGAGAAUAGUAAGAGAAUUACUCAAAGGAAUAUCGGAGAGCCUAGGAUUGGACAACUAUUAUGUGGAAAAAACCGUGAAUUUGGACUCAAGUGCACAAGUCUUUUCUGCCAAUCUGUAUCCACCUUGUACACAGCCUCAACCUGCAAUGGGUUUGCCACCUCAUUCGGAUCAUGGCCUACUCACCUUCCUUAUUGUCACAAGCUAUGGGAAGUACAAGACUCUCAUGCAUCGAGCGAUUCUGAAUAACAAAGUUACAAGAGUUUCUAUAGCCAUGGCCAAUGGACCCUCUUUCGAAACAAGUGUUGGCCCAGCUUCCAAGUUGGUAGACAGUGAAAACCAUCCCGCUGCAUGUAGUCCAAUGAAUUACAAGGAGUAUGUGGAGCAGCAACAACUCCAGUCUCUUGGGAAAACCCCCUUGGAUCAAGUUCGGAUUGAGGUUCAAAGCAAGUAG